UGACGGCUCUCCUUCAUCUCCCUUCUCCUUCAUAAAUACAACGCCUUUCUCUCUUCACCUCACCACACACACACACUACAACUUGCCAUAACCAGACACAGUUAUCAACAUGAGCAUCGCCUUGGAUUCUCCCAUGGAGGCGAUCGCCAUCCACGGUGUUCUCACCGCCGUUAACAAUGUAUGGGCAUGGAUAGCCUUUCUUACCGCAGCUAUUAGCUUCUGGAAGAUCAAAUCCUCCAUCCAUCUCUCAACUCAUCAUCUUUUCCUACAACUAUCACCACCACCACCACCACCAUCUCCGCCUCUACCCAAAACUUCCCCGGUGGCUGCUCAGCCUGAUCAAUCAGAGCUUCCUUCCACUAGCGCGAGAUCUCCAUCCUCAACCUCAAAGAGACACACCACAUUUUGUAAGUUAGAGAAUAGGAAAAGCGGCAAGUUUAGCGUCUACUAUUCACAAGAUGACAAGACGAAAGGAGAUAAGAUUGAUGGUGAAUUCGAAGAAGACAAAGAUAGUGACAGAAAGAUGAGUUCUAUUACGCGAAAUGGUGAAGAAGAGGUGAGAAAGAUGAGUUCAGUUAGGUGUAACCAUGGAGUAGAUGGAUGGGAAAUGGUAUUGAAGAUAAAGACGGCGGAGAUGGGGUGGUACGUUAACCAGGAUUUAACGGUGUUAAACGGUAAUGUAGUUCGAUUAUGGAAUUGAAUCAAAUCACAUUAUUUGCAUGAUGUGUUUUUGGAUUAGAAUCAUCUUCGUUCUUUUAUAUAAUUUUCAAGUGUAUAUACAUGAAGAUUGAAAUCGUUUAGUUUUUGUAAUUAUUAUUGCAUAACUCCAUUUGAGAAUAAACAAGGAACGGUUUCAUUAA